GCACCAUGUUCAGCUACCUCAGCGAGACGCUCAACAUCAAGAACCUCGGCGAGCUCAUUGCGCCGACGCUGACGCCCGAGCAGCAGCUGCACCAGGCCAUCAGCGACGGCCUCCCCGAGAAGGUCCGCCACCUCCUCGACGACGUCAAGGUCAGCGUCAACGCGCGCACGCCCGAAGGCUCGUACCCGAUCCACUCGGCUGCGUACGCCGGGCGCGUCGACAUCUUUAACCUCCUCCUCGAGCGCGGCGCCGACAUUACGACGCUGGGGCCGCGCGGCAACACGCCGCUGCACCUCGCCUGCGCCCAAGGCCACUUUGAGCUGGCCAAGCUCCUCGUCGGCCGCGGGGCCAACGUCGCCCAGCGCAACCAGAGCGGCCGCACGUCGUACGAUGUGGCCAAGGGCGACAGUUUGCGCCAAUUUUUGCUCCCGCUGCAGUUCCAGCACGAAGACCCGACCGAGCGCGCGGCCGCGGUGCAGCAAGCCCACCAAAUGGGCUUGACGGGGUUCCACGACCCGACGAUGCCGCAGGCUGCGAUCGCGCCGCCGCCGACGAGCAUUCCGUAUGGGUCGGCGCCGCCCAUGGGGGGCGGGUACCAAGACGCACCGAUGGCGUCCGACCCGCACGCAGCAUUGUACGCACCGCCGACGCACAGUGCGAUUCCGCGCGGCGCCGCAGCCCGCCGGGACCCCAAGGUCACCCGACCUAUUGCAGCCGACGGGUUUGGCUCGAGCGUUGGCAACGCUGAGCUCACUGCGUUUUACGGCAACACGGUCUCGAUCAACCAAGCGGUGCCGCCGCCGCCCGUCAUGGCGGGACCGCCGUCGCACCCGAUGACGGCCGCGUCGACACUGGCCCCGGCCCCCGCACCGCGCAAGAGCGUGCCACCCCAGUUCAAGAUCUUCAACCCCAAGCUCGCCCAGCAAAACCACAGCCAAGACGGUGUCGGGCGCCCGCAGUCGGCCGGCAACCAGCACCCGGAACCUAUGACGUCGGCGGCGUCGUUUGGUCCGAGCUCGGGCCCGUCGGCCAUGGGCCAGGCGUCGUAUGCGCAGCAGUCGUAUGCGCCAUACCACGCGGCGCCCACGUACAAUACGUCAUCGUUUGGCCAGCACCAGCAACCUGCGUUCCCGCCGUCGCCCGAUGGCCGCUACGUGCAAGAAGAGUCGGUGGACUUUUCGGCCCACACGAGCGCACUGCAGUAACGUUAGUAGCUUAGGAAUAUAAUCAAUCGAGUAUCAGCGAGUUGUAUGUAGGACAACACA